UAGGGAGCAGAGGAUAGGGGCGCGCUUUUGAUACGUGCUCCCACGGUGGUCCGGUCGGGCUUCAGACCUGGUUCGACCAGACCCCAAGAGCCCAACCAACCGGACCAGCCGCGGCUCCUUCCUCCAGUCCUCCUGCCCACCGUGCGGCGGCGACAUGGCGGCGGCCGGCGACCUGAGCGACGAGGAGCGGCGUGCGCUCCGGGGAAGCAAGUUCGCGCCCCUUCCGGCGCCUCCUCCCUCCUCACAGACCAGGAUGGCUCAUCCUGGAGGACCACUAACUACAAACAAGGCUGCUGCAUUAGCGAAAUUUCUUGAGAGGAAACUUCAGCAACCUGAUGGCUUGGACUCCCUGAACCCUGACCUUGUAAAACUGGCUGUGAAAAAUGCAAAGGAAACCAUAAAAGCUAGCAAAGGAGAACCUUCAACUUCUGGAAGAGUAGUACGGCAUGUUUCAUCAUUUGAGGAUUGCUCUGAGGAUUCUGAAGAUUCUAAAGAUGAAGCAAAAGUCAAAGGGGUCAAAAGAAAAAGGAAAAAUAAGUCUAAAGCUUAUCAAGAUGGUGGAGAACGGAGCAAGAAAAAGAAGAAAAAGAAAAGGAAAAAGUGCAAAGGUUGCUAAGGAUUCCAUGCCCCGGAAAACCUCAACAAAGAAAAGGUUGAAAUCACUAUGACACCAUGAUUCUCGAACUUCACUGGUAUUAGGGAGCUAAAAGCCGUCUGCCUUCCUAUUUUUCUAUUUUUUUUCUUUCAAAAUUCUUGGUUCCAUCUGAACCUUAGUGUUGUAAACUUACUCUCCCUGCCAUAUGGAGCACUGGAAGUCCCAUUUGCUGCGAAGUGCAGGCUUAGCAUGACACAUGUAUGGAACAUUGUAGGAACCAAUCAUAGAUACAUGGGAAUUCCCAGAUUGUAGAAUUGAAGUUAGCAGUCGCUGUUUGCAAAUCCCCUUGGGAUAAAUUGAUAUCUCUGUAACGCGAAUGUCACUGUACUCCCCC